GAGUGUCUGGCUAAUCCACCCUCAGAACCAUCACCCACGCAAGUCAAUAUGGCGGCAGAGGAUGAUAGGGAUGUUUUCCUGGCGUGCCUCAAGGAAUUUAAGGAGCUCGGUCAGAAGCUGGACCGCAUCAUCACCUCAGCUGAACGUCAGAAGCCUGAUCGCACCCUCGUCUCAGCUGAACUAGUGAGCGAUGUUGCUCACCCAUCACAUUCUGGCCCGGGAAAUGAGGAAAUCGAGGAUAUCGAGUUUGAGGGAUUUCAGCGCGGGAUGGCGAAGCUCAGCAGAGCCGUGACACACAUCGCCGACACUGUCAAGAAUCUCAAAUCCGCGUAUCAUCUGAUUCGAAUAUCGGAAGAAUUUCGCUCUCGCUUGGCGUUCGUUUUCCGUAUUCUGCCCCUCAUUGCUUCUCCAUCAUCAAGUGCCAAACUGAAGAAGCAGUGGCUUGAUCGGCCAUUACCAUCCUUACCCAUGCAGUUUUGGACGCCAGCCCAAGUCAUCCGCGAGAGUAUUUAUCUUGAUGAGACUAUCACUAGUACUCCCGAUCGGAAAGCUCUCUCCACGGGACUUCAGAAGCUUGGGCAAGGAGUUGAUGUCUUCAAUGCUGCAUUGAAAGGCCUUCCUGGGUUUCAUGAUAUUCCAGGCUAUAACGCAAAGGAGAUUGACCUCUCAUUGCAAAAUUUCGCUCAAGACCUGAAAUAUUGGGGUCGUAACUUGGACAACUUCCGGGAAACACUUUCGCACCACGUUCGGGCGCACGUCGCCACCAUUCCGGAAAAAAUAGCAAAACAUCUAGUUGGGGUCACAGGCGCUCUUGAUAUAUUCAUUCACUUGGGUUUGCCGAUUAUAUUACGUUCUGAACGGGAUUCAACAUUUCAAAAUUUGUCAACAGUCGCAGCACUCUUUGCGAGUGUAUCCGCAACGACGAUUCAAUUCAGCUACACACAAUCGGGUACGGGGAUCGAACAGGCAGUCAACGUCCUCUGGAUCGUCUCGCUUGUUUUUGCCAUUGCGAGUGCCAUCAACAGUCAACUGAGUUAUCAAUGGACCUCAGUUGUAUUCUCGACUCCGAUGUCGGCGCUCUCAUGGUGGGGAUCCCUGUGGAUUCGCCGGAUGCCUCUCAUCUUUCUUAUUCUAUCCGUAAUAUCGUUCUCCGUGGGCAUUGUGUGCUUCACAUUCUCUAAUUUUGCAAGUCACCCAAUCAUCCCAGUCUGUGUUACGGUUGCUUCAGUAAUCUCGGCAGCAGCACUGUUCUACGUCGGACUCUGGUUCAUUGUAGAGUAUCUUGCAUUUGGGAGCAGAAAGAAGACAGGGGACGAACUUGAUUAUUUGUCCGGUUCAGCAUGGGAUUUGGUGAGCAAUUGGGUUCUGAAAGUUCUUCGAAGGGCCUAUCGCUCAGCUGCACUGUGGUACUCUAUAUAUCAAGAGUGGUUCCUCCUGAUCAUCGGUAUCGCUGUCUUGCCUAUAACCUUAAUCGUCAUCUUCUGUCUUUUUCUUUACGCGAAAUUCAGCAUAGAGAUCGACAAAAUAUGGGGAGAUGUCUGUGAUUGGUUUCGGCGGAUUAAGAAUCUCGCACAAAAUUGGUGCCAACAACGCUUAACCACACGCCCUUCCAUUCUCCCUACGACGUCCAAUACCUCAGCCAGGCGAAUUGCGAUGGAGACGCGAGAAGAUGAUGACCAAUCGCCGUCCAAUGUUGGAGGUAAUGAUGCCGAUGCACAUGCGGUCGCUCAGCUCAAACAGAAUAUCAGGACGAUCCACCAGAGCUUGGAACUAGGCGAGGGUCCCUCAAACCCAACUUCUCCCAUCCAGAAAUUUCGUCGUGCAGUCAUCAAAGUAAUCAUCGAAAAACGUCAUACUAGGGCGGAGGUCAAAAAGAAGAUGGAUUCAAUGGAACCGGCACUGGAGUUUUUAUCUCCAACUUCGUUGCCACGGGAGCACAAGGCAAUGAUCCAUGACAUUCACUUUGAUCGCGACGGCCGUUACUUUGUUACUUUUUCAGCGCAUGAAAACGAUGUAUUCAUCUGGGAAGCGAACCAACUGGAAGUGAAGGUCGUCAAGCGAGUGAAUUUGCGGCGCGGAUAUGAUCUCUGGUCUGGAGAUCAUAUGGAAACAAUUCAAGUAAUGUUGUUGAGAGAGAGUCGUGUGGUAAUAAUUCGAGCAUCGUGGCUUCAGCAACUUCAGCAACUUCAGCAGUUGUGGCGGCCGCGGUGGCUUCUGCGGCUCCUGGAGCUUCUCCCUCUUCCGCGGCGUCAGCAGCUUCUGGAGCCUCGCCGGUUUGAAGACCCGUUUCAGGCAAUUCAACAGGCGUUGCGGGUUGUGGGGUUGGUGAGACUUCUGGUGAUUCUGGGGUCUCAGGGGCUUCAGGGACUUCAGAUAAAGUGCAUCAACUGGGUUCCCAAGGGUAUGCCUCUCCCUGUUGCAGGGAAUCUUGACUAUGCACUUGAGGAUGCUGUUCUCACCCGGGACGGAACCAAGUUAUUGGGAAUAGCUAUAGUGAGUGUAACAGCAGACAAAAAUUAUCCGAAGCCAUCAAAAUCCCCUUCAGAAUGUCGAAUCAUUAUCUAUGAUGUCGGGACAAAGAAGACUAUUUUCGAAAUUCCCACCUUCGACUCCAUACAGAGGAUGAGCUUAUCUCACUCGGGCAAGCAUUUGCUUGUUUUGUCUGAUGGUAAUACGCCACCGCGCUUGUUCCGAGUUUACCCUACCUGGCUUGUCCCAUUGCACACAUUUGACCUUCCAGAUGCAGAUGGGAAGUACCCUAUCUAUGGCCAGUUUGGGAUUCGGAGCCCUGCCCCCGUGGCAGAUGAGUCCGAGGAAGAUCAAAUCAUUAUUUGCGCUAACAAACGAGGGGAAGUCUUCAUAUGGCACCGCAAAUCGUAUCGCCUCCUGCACUCGUUCACGAUGAUUCCUGGAAGCGCCGAAGUCAGUGGGGUGACUUUCGGCCGUGAGCGCUUGAAGGACUACAGCUAUCUCAGGGUGGCAGCUGCAUGGACCGAUGGAACUGUCACCAUGUGGAGCACGAAAUGGGAUCACCCCGAUUCUCCUGUCCUCACGGACAUAUUUCCGGGAGCAAGCGAAGAAGCCACUGGAGGAACCAUUGAAGAAGUUGCUGAAGGGGUUGGUGAAAGCGUCGCCGUUAGAGAAGUUUAACUGUGAUCCAGUUUCCUGAGGCCCAAGAUCUAUCUAAAGAAGGUACC